AUUAGGAAACAGUUCUAGAGCAACACGACACUCACGUUGUUGGCUUAUCGGAGCAAGCGUUGGGCUGCGAGUGAUAAGCCAACUGCUCGAAUACUAGUUGUAGUGCAGUUUGUUGGCAAUGCUGAGAAUGCUGACAAUGCCAGGCAGCUGGCAGCGCUUGGGAGGCCGCUUGGGGCAGAUCUGCCUUGGAGUUGGACUGCUGUUGCAACUGGCGGCCGCGAUGCGUUGCAAGGUGCCCUACGAAAAGGUGCAACAGAAUUAUUGUUACUACAUUGCAGACGAAGAUCCCUUGCCAAGUUCGUUUAGCAACUUUUGCUACCAGGACAAGCGCACGUCACGCGUGUGCCUCGAGAGCGAGGACGAGAUGCACGUCUUGGCCAAUUAUCUAUACGAGAGCGGCUUCCAGAACGGCACGCAAUUCUGGAGCGCCGGACAUCGUUGGCCCGGCGAUUUGCAGUUCUAUUGGAAUUACUUUGGACGCGCCCGAGCCAUUAACUACACCAACUGGCUGGAGGAUGAGCCGACGCCCCGCAUGGGACUCAACUGCAUGCUGCUCACGCUGCAGUCCGGGCAGCUCUACAUGAGCAGCGCCUCCUGCCACGCCCACGCAGUCGACAUAUGCGAGCAGCUGCUCGUCAACGAGCCUACAGUGAUGCACUGAAAGCCCAGCGGAGAUCAGACUGCUCAGAUACCCACCAGUUGUUGAAGUUGCUCAAGCUACUCUCAGAUGUUGCGGCAACAUGUUGCUGCAGCAUGUUGCCAUCGAAGUCUUAUCGCCUUAUAUAAACCUAAACUCUCGCGGAAUAUAAUAAUAACAAGUGCGCGUCUUAUCUGUUAAUGUUGAAUCACUCUGUCUACAGUUUAAAAUGAAAUAUGAAAGCUACAGUGUGCCUGGCAGUGAGAUACACGCUACCCAUUUUAAAUAAAAGCCUAACAUUGCGGUAUUCAU